CUUUCCCCGCAUAUUUAUUACACUUGGUAACCAAACUGUUUAAAUAUCUUUUCUCUCUGCCCCCCUUUAUAAUCAACCUCGUCCACCUUUAUUUUUCUUCACACCCCUUACUAGUUCAGAAGUUCUUAUGAUCUUGCUAUGAAGAUACCGAGAAGCCCUGCGUCUCUACGAAUCGUUAGGCCUGUUACCCCCGUCCUCAAAUCCACAAAUGUUUCUCGACAGUUAGCUACCGCAGUCAUAACCCCCCCUUCCUACCUCUCUCUACCACCCCCUGGUCCACCCCACCCUCUUAUUCCUGGCCCGCCUGUUGUCACCUCUUUGGGAGCCGAAUACAACGAGAAUCUCUUCCGGUACACCUCUGGCAGGUGGUUGUACAACGAACCCCAGCAGAUGGCUCAGCGUUACAUCAAGUUUGAUGUCGCUGCUCUCUAUCGUGUCAUUGCCUCUGUCUGCUCUUCCCCUGUAGUGUCUAUGGAGAAAAAGGAGGGUCUGUUUAACAAGACCUUGAUGGUCACUCUCGCAAAUGGUCAAAAAGUUGCUGCUCGCAUUAAGAAUCCAAUUGCCGGUCCAGACCAUCUCAUGACUUCCAGCGAGGUUGCAACCAUGGAUUUCGUCCGCCACAACCUCGGAAUUCCCGUGCCUAAGAUCCUUGCCUGGAGUUCUCACGCCGCCAAUAAUGGCGUCGGAGCGGAAUACAUCAUCAUGGAGUCCGCUCCGGGCGUCCAGCUUAGCACCGUCUGGCACACCAUGGACUCACGCCAGAAAAAGAACGUCGUCAAUUCGCUUGUAGCACUCGAGCAGAACAUGCUGAACGCAAAGUUUGCCCAGUAUGGUAGCUUGUACUACAGGGAUGAUAUUCCCGAGUCGAAGCGAGCUCCUAGCCUGUAUGCCCAUGGGUCACGUAGGUUCGGUUCUGAGGACAAGUUCUGCAUAGGUCCCAUAGCCCAUCGCAACUUCUAUGAAGAUGAACGCGCAACUAUGGACCUUGACAGAGGACCGUGGUCAUCGCCGGAGGACUACCUUCGCUCCCUCGCCUUGCGCGAGGAGGCAUGGAUAUCACGCUUUGCGAAGCCCAACAUUCAUGAUGACCCUUUCCGUAAUGUCUCAGGUCCUCAGCUCAAGGAAGAGCAUCUACAGUGCUUGGAACAGUAUCGCUCAAUUGUUCCCGCCCUCGUGCCGACCUCACGAAAGGUCCUUUCAUCUAACCUGUGGCAUCCUGACCUCAACCCUGGCAAUAUCUUUGUAUCCGAUGACCAGGAGCGACGUGUGGUUAGCAUCAUUGACUGGCAAGGCUGUUGGGCUGGUCCGGCGUACCUCCAAAUGACGAGUCCAUCCUUCCUGGCUUGCGGUGGCGCUGGACUUGAUUCGGGCCUCGAUUUCCCUAAACUUCCUCCCGAGUACGACGUCAUGAGUCAGGACACCAAGGCUAUGAUGCGCGAAGAUCACAAAUCACAGAUCCUUUACAAGCUCUAUGAAAUUAAACAGCUCUACCCUUAUCGUAUUAGCGAUCGUGAGGCGCGAACAAUGCCUGUCCGCGCAGCAGGCCGGACAUGGAAAGACGGCAUUCUUCCAAUGCGCCUCGCGCUGCUUGACAUCUUCAGCCGGUGGGCAGAACUCUCUCGUAGUGACGAGCCUUGCCCACUGCGCUUCACGCGGGAGGAAGUACAAGAGUUGAAGCGUCAACGAGACCGGUAUGUAGAUUGGCAUGACUUCCUGGACGACGUGCGUACGACGUUCGGCAUGCGGUUAUAUGGAUGGGUGUCACCGCAUGAGUACCCAUCGAAGCGGGCGUUGCUUGAGGGCACGCGCAGUCGUCUUCCUGUCGCGCUCACCAGUCAGCUGGAAGAGAUUCUUCCCCAGGAUUGGUGGCCGUUUAGGGACACGGUCCCCCUACCCUCUGCGCCUGAGGUGCGGGUGUGAGGCGGUUUCAACAUUACUUUCUUUGAUUUCCCUUAGUCUCAUUAGAACUACUGCUAUAGUUUUUCAUGGUUUUAUCUUUGUUGUGUGUAGGGGACACGGACCUUCAUCAUUAUUAUUUUAUGACUCAUGGUUAAUUAGUUUGUUGCUAUUAGAUGGUUUAUCGUUUAGACGUUUGCUUUUGAGCUUUGGGCUAUCUUUCCUUGUAUUUACAUUAACGUGUUUAGGGCUACUUUGCUUUGCUUGGGGUUUGAGAAAUACAUAGAGUACUAGUGCACC